AUGAAUAAUGAAGCGACAGUUAAAUCAGCCGAAAAUAUACCUGAGGCCGAAAAGAUUCCAGAGCCAGUAAACGAAGAUUGUUCGACACAGAAUCCGAAGACACAGCCGCAAACAUCUAAACUGAAUAUGCCACUAAAUGACACAAAAUUGACUCCACUGAAAAAAACCUCAACACCAGAGAAGGAAAUCGCACCUUCGAUGAAAGUUACUACAACGGAUGUUCGUAAAGAUAUCAAACAUAGAAAAUUGUACGUACUAAGCAACAGCACUCGAAGAAGCAUACUACAGGCUAUUGAAGACAAUUUUGCAAGUGACUUUAUAUACUGUAAUUACUCUUCACCAAAUUGUAAUAUAAAAUAA